UUCGUCCGGUCGUCCCUUUACACACAAACACACGAACAUGCGUCGAAAGGUCUUGCUGCCGUUCCCGGUCACCCUUGAGUCACAUAGCGACGGAAGCCUGAUGAUGAGCACGUGACUACCCUUAGCAACGGCUGCGGCUUUCCUGGCAACGAGGCCUUCCCUGGCCUUUAACUCGUGGGGAGCAGCGAGGAAAGAGUGAGGCCUAGUGCACACAACAGAUCAGGGGAAUCUGCUUGAUUUCUAAUCUUGGAGGCACGUCUCCUGCUGAAGAUGAGUCGGCUAUAUGAUAGCACAGAGCCCAACGUGAUCGAUGAAGACAUGUUGCAGAAAGCUGUUGAGGAGCAAGGACCUCAGGAAGAAGUGGGCCAGCUAGCCAAAAAGGAAGGCAUCAAUUUCAAAGAUGUCAAAGAGCUGCAACUUGAUUUUAGAAAUAUCUUGAAGAUCGACAAUCUCUGGCAGUUUGUGAACCUGACAAAAUUGCAGUUGGACAACAACAUUAUUGAGAGGAUAGAGGCUCUGGAUUCUCUGGUUCAUCUGGUCUGGCUGGAUUUGUCCUUCAACAAUAUCGAAGUCAUUGAAGGCUUAGACACUCUUGUUAAACUGCAAGAUCUCAGUCUGUACAACAACAGGAUUUCCAAGAUUGAGAAUCUAGACAUGCUUCAAGAACUUCAAGUCUUCUCUGUAGGAAAUAAUAAUAUACAAACUCUGGAAAAUAUUAUCUAUCUCAGGAAGUUCAAAAGCUUGCGCACGUUGAACCUCACCGGGAAUCCAGUGUGUGAGAAUGAAUUGUAUUCCAUGUUCAUUGCCGCUUAUCUCCCAGAUCUUGUGUACCUGGAUUUUAGACUGGUAGAUGACAACACGCGAGAAAUGGCCUUAAUAAAAUACCAAUAUGCCAUUGAGGAGAUGAAGCAAGGGGAAGCAGUGGCCUUGGUCAAACAGCAAGCACUGGAGGCCAGCGAGAAAGAGGUGGAGUAUCAUAAGUCUGCUUACGUGGAGUAUCUGAAUGGACCCUUCCUCUUCGACAGCAUGUAUGCAGAAGAUCCUGAAGCAGCCAAGCUGGUGUACCUCCCUGGAGUACCAGAGCUACUGGAGAUAUACAAGAGUAAAUUUGUAGACAUUUGUGAGAGCCUGUUUGAGUAUGGCCUGAGGCAGCACGAGAAACGAGAGGCCGAAGUUGCACUCUUCUACGAGUGCCUCAAUGAAGCCCUGCAAGACAGUCAAGAGCAGGGCACCAAAAUCAUGCAGGACUUUGAAGAGAAGAAUCACAGGGCGAUAGAUGUGAUUCAGAGCCUCAGCGACACCCAGGUUGCAGAGCGGAAACUUACUGAGUACAACGAAGACAUCACAAAGCUGUCAGAAACAUUGAUGACUCUGGAGAUGCAGCUGGUCGACCAGCUAGAGGAAGUGAUAAAAGAUUUUGAAAGGAACAUCGCUGACCUGGUGUCGACCUUUAUAGAAAACGAGCAAGGGAUGAUGGCACAAUGCCGGGAUCUGGAGAACCACCACCACGAGAAGCUUCUGGAAAUAGCCAUCAGCACACUGGAGAAAAUAGUGAAGAGUGAGUUUGAUGAGGAGAUGCCAGAUGAUGUUCGAAUGCUUUUUGUGGACAAAGACACCAUUGUCAACGCCGUCAACGCCUCUCAUGACAUUCACCUUCUGAAGAUCGACAAUCGGGAAGACGAAAUCAUUACAAAAGCCAACGGAUGGGCUUCCACUCUGAUUGAAAAGGUUCACAAGAAUGAAAUUCAGAGAAAUCGAAGCCGUGUGAUGGAAAUCAACCAAUACAUUGACCAUCUCCGCAGUGAGCUGGACAACUUUGACAUUCUGGAGAUAUAGAUGACUUUCAGCACAGAACUGCAUCUGCCCCAUUUUGGGAUCUGGGCCUUUUUGCUUGGGAAAUAUGUCUACAUGGAGGUCUCCUUCCCACAGAAAAUAAAUCUUGAAAAUACUCAAAAAAGGAGGAUAUCUGCUGCCCGUCAAACAUUUGAUUAUCAAAAAGUAGAACAUGGAGAUGGUACAGGUAUUAAAAAGCUAAAUGUGUCACAAGUCCCAAAAAGUUCAGAUUGGUAACCAACAGAUUCUGUAUUUGCAUAUGCUCUGUGAACAAAACUGAAAUAUGAACGGCUAAACUUCUCCCCCAACAUUUGUAAUUUGAAUGCUCUGUAUUAUUGUUCAUAUAGCCACUAUUUUGUCAUUUGUAAUUUUCUUUUUUUUGUUGUUCUUGUUAAGAUGGUUUAUUUUGUGUAGUGAUUAUGUGUGUUCAGUGUGUG